GCAACGUUAUGGCACAAAGUGUGAACGACCGCCGGCGGAUAAAUGGACCAGAAGAAAGCUUUCCGCCCGUAUUCGAUGAUGAGGAUGAUGAUGAAUUCAAGUUGAAAACGCAGCGCAAACGGGGACCUGGUGAUAUCAGGCCGAUAUUCCUCCAGCCAGGUCUUAUAAGCCAGGCCAAUGGAUCUGCAUAUAUCGAAACAGAAAAAACCAAAAUUGCAUGCGCUGUGUAUGGACCACGGCAGUCUAAAACUACUACCUACAGCGAAAAGGGUCGGCUGAAUGUCGAAGUCAAGUUUGCCCCUUUCUCGUGUACGCGUCGAAGGGCACCGAUGCGCGACGCCGAGGAUAGAUCUAUUGGUGUAUCAAUACAUCAAGCAAUCGUAUCAUCAAUACGCUUGGAGUUAUUCCCAAAGUCGACCAUUGAUGUGUUCAUCACGAUCAUCGAGAACGAUGGAAUUGAAGGCUGUAUCGCAUCUGGGUCAUUGGCUGCAAGCACUGCACUUGCUGAUGCCGGAAUUGAAAUGUUGGGGCUCGUUGCAUCAUGCUCCGCUGCUAUUGUCGGAGACGGCAUUCAACUUGAUCCAACCGAAGCUGAAGCACGGGCCUCCAGCGGCACUGUGAUACUUGCUUGUAUGCCGGCUUUGGAUAGUAUCACCAGUAUCUGGCAGUCGGGACAGAUGUCCGCUGACUUGUCUUUGAAGUGCAUGGAACAAUGUUAUGAGCGGUGUAAUGAUAUUCAUUCGAUAGUCGCGCAGUCUCUACUUGAACACAGGAAAACCGAUUGACAUCGCUUUCGGUCUCCGAGGUGCAUUAUCACUUUUCACACAUCAACGUUGGCCGUUGUACAUGAUAUUGGAACAUACUUGUCAGGACGACGUCUGAUUUUCAAUUUUUAACUACUGAACAAGAACAAGAAAAGUUCCAAGCCUUUCGUUUGUCCCAUGCCCAUGUAGUAUUAACCGACGACAUACAAGUGUUCGAACUAGCACACCCACUGGUGGAUUUUUUCUUGAGGUCCUUCACGCGCAAUCCUCUUCGAAGUUCGGC